AAGCGUCGUGGUUACCGAAGCGAUGGGUGAUUACAUCGGCCCGUGCCAGCUGCUGAAAAGCGGCUUUACGGACGACACUUUUUUGCGCUUGUUUUUUGUGUUCGAAAGCGCGUGUGUGACAGCACCUGUAGCCCUGUGGAGCCGGACGCUGACGUGGGGCUCGUGGCGGAUUCAGUGACCGCGAUGGCUUUGCUGCGGGCUGUGGUCGUUGCAUUGGCGCUAUCGUCGCUGUUGGCUGCGGUGCUUGGAGAUGACGAGCCUUGUACCACUCCUUCAGAUCUAUCGCAGUGUUCCGCCUGUUCGACGAAGGCCGUGGACAAAUUAUCCGAGAGCAUCGUUAAUGAGCCCGAUGACGGCAAGACCAGCCAGAGAACGGGCGGCGGCGAUUCGUCCUCUUGCGGUUGCAGCGCCCUGAGGCGUGGCAGUCCGAGCAAGUCUAUAGGCGAAAGCAACGAUGGGGAUUCCGAAAGCUCGGCGCCAAGCUCUGCUACAUUUGAAAGCAAUGGUUGGAGCAGCACAGAGCACCCGAGAACCAACCAGAUGGUACUUGUGCGGGGCGGUGAGUUUGAGAUGGGGACAGACAAGCCCGUCUUUGUGGCUGAUGGUGAGAAUCCUGCAAGGCCAGUUCGUGUCAAUGACUUCUACAUCGAUGUACACGAAGUCAGCAAUGCCGAGUUCGAGCGUUUUGCUAGGGCCACCGGUCACAGAACUGAGGCAGAAACCUUUGGAGACUCUUUCGUGCUUGACAGUGCCAUCAGUGAGGAAACCAAGAAAGGAAUCACUCAGGCAGUGGCUGCUGCUCCAUGGUGGCUGCCUGUCAAAGGAGCUGACUGGAGACACCCUGAAGGACCAGACAGCCACAUCCAUGAUCGCAUGGAUCAUCCCGUGGUGCACGUCUCGUGGAAUGAUGCUGUCGCAUUCUGCAAGUGGUCAGGAAAGCGUCUUCUCACUGAAGCCGAAUGGGAAUAUGCCUGCAGGGCAGGUCUUAAAAACAGGCUGUUCCCAUGGGGCAACAACUGGACUCCCAAAGGCAAAACUCGUGCCAACAUCUGGGAGGGCAAGUUUCCAGUCACAAACACAGCUGAGGAUGGCUAUCCUGGCACAGCACCUGUAACCGCUUUUCCUGCUACCAAGUUUGGCCUAAAGAACAUCAUUGGCAAUGUAUGGGAGUGGACAGCUGACUGGUGGACCACUCGCCAUACCAGGGAGCUUCAGGAUAACCCGAAAGGGCCACCAGGCGGUGCUGACAAGGUCAAGAAAGGUGGCUCCUUCAUGUGCCACAAGACAUACUGCUACCGUUACCGCUGUGCUGCAAGGAGCCAGAACACUCCCGACACCAGUGCCUACAAUGUGGGGAUUCGCUGUGGAGCCGACACGCUGCCUAGCGACACUGUGCUUUACAGGGAAGAGCUGUGAUGCUUUGAAGGCACAGCACUGCUCUUUCAUGUGCAUCCUGGAUCAGGGACGCACAUCUUUGGAGCCACUACUGAUCAAUGUUAGUGUAAAACACGGAGCUUCUUUUCACCUUUGGUUGAACAUUUGCUUAUAUAGUGGCAAACUGUCAACUUUCACAACACAUAAAGCAGAGACAAAAAAAAAAAAAAGCAGUCCCCGCAGCAUCUCCCCGUUGGUUCGCGUUUUAUUAAGUGGGAUGGCUUCUGGAUUGGAAACAUAGUAGGUACAAAAGUUGCUGCUGCUCCAGAUUGUUGCUAGAGGGUGCUGAAAGCAGCCAAGUACUAUUCCCAAGCCAUUUUGUUACAUUUGUGGGAUGUGCUGUCCGACUGCUCUGUAGUGUGCCAGUGGCUUGUGCAGGGUUCAAGUGCAGUUUUUAAGGUUGUGUGCUUAUUUCAACACAUGAGUUUGGUUCUGACUGGGCUUGGCUUGGCUUUGACGUGUAAAAUAUGCUACACUACUCUCUUGCAUUUGUUCAAACGUUAAUGAGAAGCAUGUUUUAUAGAUGUCCAAGAAUAGAUGCACCAUGCAGAGAUUUUGUUGAUUCACUUUUGUUUUACUGUAGUAGUCUGACGAAGGUCGACAGCCUUGAUGCAUCCUCUACGUUUUGAUGCAAUGUUGGUCUCAAACACCAAUGCGAUGUUAUGAUUUGCUUACAGCUAUGAACUGCAACUGCAGCGUUAAUUUUAAGAUUUUGUCAUUUCUGUCACAUGAAAGAGAGAUCAUUUUGUUAACGGGUACAACACUCUAUUGAUACUGAGGAAGAGGCACCCACCUAUUGCAACUUUUGUUUCAUGGCAUUCAGCAAAAUUACAGAAUACUUUGUACACUGGCUGCGCUUAUCUGGAAGCUGUCAUGAGAAUAAUUAUUGAGGAUCCUGUUUAGAAACUGUACACUACAACUCUGUAUUGCAUCAUUACGUAAUAAGAUACAAAAGCACCGAACAAAUAUUGCACAUCAGAAAGACAUGCCCGACGUAUAACAAUGUUACCAUGCGAUAUUUUCAGCAUGGUAACAUUCAAACCAGCAUUUGAUGAAAGCCAGAAUCAAAGCUUACAUGUGUGAUGUUCACAUGUACGUAACACUAUUGUGAGAAAGCCCUCAGUCUUUUUUCCAUUACUAUUGGGCAAUAUGCUGUGUUAGCAUUCAGUAUUACUAGCUCAUUUCUCUCGUGCAUUCAUAGAGACAUUGUUGCCUUCAAGUAAUGUUUCAUAAUGUACGUGAAGGUAUAAGUUUUGCGAGUCACUAACAGGAUCUUUAGGAGAACAGACAUUUGGGCAAG